UCACAAGAAGCCACCUCCGGGGGUGCUGGUGACGUUGCAUGUAGCGCCCUGGGUUGGAGUCGUUCCACACGCAGCCCCUGUCUGGGUUAUCUGUGGGCCAGAGCUGGCAGGCAGCAAGCUGCCCAUUAGGGUGUGGCUUCCAGAGCUUGUUACAAGAAGCCAGCUGCUGGGGUGCCAGAGAAGCCUGCUGAAGGAUGAGUGCCCCCGGAUUCGUGCUGAAAGGGGGAGAGGAAGCACCGAGGAGCAAGAAAGAGAUGCCCCUUCCUCUGCUGUGCCUGCAUUGACCCUCCAGAGCCUCCCUUCGCAAAGCCUGAAACCACACCCACCGAUUAAGGAGAAAUGGUUAUGGGGGUCAGCUCAAGUGUUACAAAGGAGGGCAAAGUGUGGGUGCAGAAUUAAUUGAGAGGCAAUUAAUUCGUAACUGACACCUAUUUAUAAGUAAGUACCAGGCAGAAAUACUCAGUGUCCUCAGUCACAGAAACAUCAUCCAGUUUUACGGAGUAAUUCUUGAACCUCCCAACUAUGGUAUCGUCACAGAAUAUGCUUCUCUGGGGUCACUCUAUGAUUACAUUAACAGUAACAGAAGUGAAGAGAUGGACAUGGAUCACAUUAUGACCUGGGCCACUGAUGUAGCCAAAGGAAUGCACUAUUUACAUAUGGAGGCUCCUGUCAAGGUGAUUCACAGAGAUCUCAAGUCAAGAAAUGUUGUUAUUGCUGCUGAUGGGGUGUUGAAGAUCUGCGAUUUUGGUGCCUCUCGGUUCCACAACCACACAACGCACAUGUCCUUGGUUGGGACUUUCCCGUGGAUGGCUCCAGAAGUUAUCCAGAGUCUCCCUGUGUCUGAAACUUGUGACACAUAUUCCUAUGGUGUGGUUCUCUGGGAGAUGCUAACAAGGGAGGCCCCCUUUAAAGGUCUGGAAGGAUUACAAGUAGCUUGGCUUGUAGUGGAAAAAAACGAGAGAUUAACCAUUCCAAGCAGUUGCCCGAAGAGUUUUGCUGAACUGUUACAUCAGUGUUGGGAAGCUGAUGCCAAGAAACGGCCGUCUUUCAAGCAAAUCAUUUCAAUCCUGGAGUCCAUGUCGCACGACACGAACCUUCCUGACCAGUGUAACUCAUUCCUGCACAAUAAGGCAGAGUGGAGGUGUGAAAUUGAAGCAACUCUUGAGAGGCUGAAGAAACUAGAACGUGACCUCAGCUUUAAAGAGCAGGAGCUCAAAGAACGAGAAAGACGGCUAAAGAUGUGGGAGCAAAAGCUGACGGAACAGUCCAACACCCCGCUGCUGCCUUCCUUUGAGAUUGGUGCUUGGACAGAAGAGGACGUGUAUUUUUGGGUUCAGCAGCUCGUCAGAAAAGGUGACACUUCAGAGGAGAUGAGCAUAUACGCGAACUUGUUUAAGGAAAACAACAUUACAGGAAAGCGACUGCUUCUUCUCGAGGAGGAAGACUUGAAAGACAUGGGCAUCGUCUCCAAGGGGCAUAUCAUCCAUUUAAAGUCAGCCAUUGAGAAGUUAACCCACGAUUACCUAAACUUGUUUCACUUCCCACCACUCAUUAAGGACUCAGUAGGUGAACCUGAAGAAAAUGAGGAAAAAAUAGUGAACCUUGAACUUGUUUUUGGUUUUCACUUGAAACCAGGGACUGGCCUACAGGAUUGUAAGUGGAAAAUGUAUAUGGAAAUGGAUGGGGAUGAAAUUGCAAUAACCUACAUCAAAGAUGUGACAUUCAACACUAACCUACCUGAUGCAGAGAUUUUAAAGAUGACAAAGCCCCCGUUUGUAAUGGAGAAGUGGAUUAUAGGAAUAAUGGAAAAUCAGACUGUAGAAUGCACAGUCACAUAUGAGAGCGAUGUUAGAGCUCCAAAAAGCACUAAGCACGUCCAUUCAAUUCAGUGGAGUAGAACGAAACCUCAGGAUGAAGUGAAAGCUGUCCAGCUUGCCAUCCAGACGUUAUUCCCCAACUCAGAGGGCAACCGUGGAAGCAGGUCUGACUCAAGUGCUGAUUGCCAGUGGCUGGAUACUCUGAGGAUGCGGCAGAUUGCAUCCAACACCUCCUCACAGCGCUCCCAGAGCAACCGCGUCCUGGGGUCACAAUUCUUCCCCUAUCUCAAUGACCAGGACUCCUAUGCGGCUGCUGUGAGACGGACCCAGGUGCCCAUUAAGUACCAACAGAUAACACCUAUAAGCCAGUCCAGAAGCUCCUCUCCUACUCAGUAUGGACUGACCAAAGACUUCUUUUCUCUGCAUCUCAACUCCAGGGAUAGUGACUUUUCCAGUCUUAAUACUGACAGCUCUUUAGAGAGGGGUCGAUACUCAGAUAGAAGCAGGAACAAACACAACCAUGCUAGCCUAUCGCUCAAUUCUUCUCUCAGAGGAAGAUUCAGUGGAAAAAGUCAGCAUUCCACUCCUUCAAGAGAAAGAUACUCUGGCAAAUUCUGCAGGGUUUCUCAGUCAGCACUCAACACUCAUCAGUCACCCGCCUUUAAGAGAAGCCCAAAUGCCUCCCAUCAACCCAGGACCAUCCCAGGGAUGCCUUUGCGCACAGACACCGACUCACGAGCCAAUGAAGAGGAAAGCAAAGUCAGCGAAGGGGGAUGGACAAGGGUGGAACACCGGAGAAAACCCCACAGGCCCUCUCCUGCCAAGACCAACAGAGAAAGACCCAGAGGAAACUUCCGUGGAAGGAGAAACUUUUGAUGAAUUGAACUGGUUGAGCUUUUCCUAGCACAUUUUUUUUUUAAUGUAACGGAUUUUGCUAAUGUGCUGCCUUCCAAAAGAAUUAACAAAAAGACAACCUUUCCAUUUUUUGGAUUUGGGAAAUACCUUCUAAGUGAGACUAUAGCCAGAACAGGGCCAGAUGAUGGGUGUUGGUUGUCCAGUGCAAGUAACUAGACUUAAAUAUAACCAAACAUAUUUUAUUUCCCUGAAUUAACAUCUUUAGAGGAGGGAAUAUACCAUUUUAUUACCCUAGCCAUUGCUGUUCUAGUUAGCAGGGCCUAGACUAGGGUGAGGUUAAAUGGAAGAACUUAUCUUAAAUGGGGCACUCAUCUUGGGCGCAAAAUUUAAGGGAGGAAUCAAAAAGCUCAGUAAUCAAGAUAAAUAAUAUUCUAGUGUAAUAUUUAAAUAAAUGAAAAUUAAUGCGAAAUAACUGUGAUAAAGAAUCGAAAUUCUACAUAAAGACAGAGUAAGCAUUACUGAUUUUUCCUUUUGUCUAAGGCUCCCAUAUGGCUUGGCAAGGCACUGUUACUGAUCCUGUAUUUAGAAUUUUGAUAUUUUUUCAUCAUGUAAUUUUUGCAUUAAUUUUCUCUUUUAAAAAUAUUGCAUUAAAAUAUCAUUUAUCUCGAUUACUGAGGUGGUUUUUUUUUUAAUGCCCCCUUAAAUUUUGUGCCCAAGGCAAGUGCCUCACUUGCCUUACCCAAUCCCCACACUGCUGGUUAGUAUUUAUUUUAGUAAGAUAUUUGGGUUUUUAUCACGGUCAGAGCCGACUUGAUUUGACUUGUCAUUUUUAGGCAAUAAAAAAGGUUAUUGAACUUAAUGUUGAUUAUGAUGCCAUAUAUCAUACCUUAAGACUCACCAGAAACCAAAGAUCUCAAUUGCCUAGGAGAUUUGUGGUUAUUUCUUUCCCAAAGUUCCCAGGGACUGCCCUUGAAUAUCAUUUUCUAUAUUUUGCCAAAGGAGGAGCAAAGAGGGGAAAACAACGGUCCAUGAAGUCCUCUUGGGAUGUCAGCACUCUAAAAUCUAAAAGAAAACAGACACAGAACGGGAUGAUAACAUCACAAGCUAAAAGCCAGAGAAAUUUAAAAUUACCAACAGCCUGUUAGAGCAAGACAGUAAAUACCAUCCUUAUAGCAAGAAAGCUGUAAGCAGCUGGGGGUAAAGAGGCGAAUGGUACGGGUGGGCGGAAACUUCCUGCAGUUUAGGACAGGAAUUGUGGGAUCCAGCUUGGGAAAUUCAUAUUUUUACAAAUCAAAGGGUCAGGUGGCAACGAACAUAUUAUAUGUCAAAUGAAUAAGUGUUACUUUCAGUACCUUCUGAGAUUCUGUUCAACAUUCACUAACGCUGAAUAUCAAGUGUCCUUUGGCCUGGAUAGGAUUCUCAAUGCUCUGUAGAAAUCCACAUGACACACUGGCAAUUCUGGGGAUGGCAGGGGGCUUGGAGGGAGGUCUCUUUUAAUAGAAACCGGUCUUCAAGUACAUGCGUAUAUUCCCGGAGUAGCUGCCCUGUUCUAAUACAGUGCUUGGGGCCUGGGGGUGGAAACUGCAUUUGGGCAGCAUUAAAAUCUAGGUUAUAGGAAAUGACCUUUACUUGCGAGGGAAGCUGUGACCUAAACAUCAAUCCAACAACUCAGUUGUCUAACGCUUAUUGUUUGCCACCUGCAUUUACAAGCAAAAGCGAUGGGAAAUGGUGACAUCAGACACCGAGGUCCUCUUUUCCACCAUGGAUAACCAACUUCUCUAAGGUUUUAAGCUCCACUGUGAUCCUUUCUCACGAAGCUUGUAUCAACCACAGUCUGUUUUCAAUUAUUUUUUUCCCUUUGUCCUUUGUUCAUGUUUAAUUUUUUUAAAAGUGAGCUAAUACAAAGUAUGCUAUCUUCAUAGCAUGCUGCUUCCAAAUAAACAAUAAAAUAUUUUCUUUGAUU